GUAGAAAGUAGGAGUGAGUUAGGUAGAUUAUCAUAACGUUUGCUAAAACAUGAAUAAACAAACAAUGUUACCAUAAAUGAUGUUUGUGUUAACACAUUGAUUACAUAUCAAUAGAUGUCUCUCUAAUGUACAGAAAAACAAUUUUGUUCUUAUAGCAAUGAAUUUUAAUUGUCUUGUAUCUUUUAAGCCGGUCGAUUUUUAAUUAUGAAUAGACGACAAUUAAUUCUGUGGAUUAAUUAACAAAUCAACAUUGUUAAGAUGCAGUUAGAUGACCUUCCACCUGAAUGUUUACUAGCCAUUUUAGAAAGGAUUACAACGUUGGAUGAAUUGAUCAGUUUAACUAAAGUUUGUCGCAAAUGGGAAGAAUUGAUCAUUCACAGACUUAGCAAAGUCAAGUAUAUUUUUGGCAAUGAAAAUGGCCAUUCUUCACCAGCUACUGUUUACAUUGGUGAAGGCAAGUUUUUAGAGAGUCCAAAUUUCUUACAAUUUAUUCCUAAUCUUAGGGUGCUUGAUUUGUUGUUCCAAAAAGGAUUCACUUUGAAAACGUACCAUCAAGCGUAUGAAAUUAUUGGUAGAGCUAAGAAACUGAAAGGCCUAAUUUUUUAUUCACUAGCGAUAGUGCCUAGUUUGGCCAGUUAUUGUGAGACUCCUGAAAUGGUUGCAAUAAUUCAUCCGGGUGUAACUUGGUAUCAAAGUUUUGCUCGUUUUAGUUCCAAAGUGAAACAAUUGUUCGUUGAAAGUGCCCAAAUUAAUGAUUUAGCAUACAUGAAUCUAGAUAAUCUAGUGAGGUUACAUUUUUCCAAUAUUGGAGAUGAUCUACAUUUCUAUGAAGGUCCGAUUUUAAAAAAUCUUGAGAUACUGGAAUUUAAAUCGUUCUUGUGGGCUCCGCACUGUCGUAGUCUAGAUGUUUUUGCUGGUUAUCGAUUACUCGACUUUUGCCCUUCAUUGAAAUCAGUCCACCUUUACGAUAUAUCUAAAAAUCAAACACCUAAUACAAAUAAAAUAAAUCAUUCACUGAGAGAUUUGGUCAUUGAAUACUCCGGUGAAAGCUCUAUGAGUUUUGAAUCUUUAAGAAAUUUUCUUUCAAAGUACCCAAAGCUGAAACAUCUUGCAAUCCGGAAUUACUCAAACAUUGGAGACGCCAAUUUAGUCGAUUUGAUGAGAUUGCUGCCACAUUUGGUAAUUCUUGAUUUACGUCGAUCGCCUGGUAUAACUGAAAGCUCAGAAAAGAUUGUUCAAUCUUAUUGUAAACGUCAUGGCAGAACAAUCGAGUUUCACUUUUCUUGCGGAGAAACAGCUGAUGUACCAGAGAUCCCACCAGCGCAACGCACUAAUCGAUUGGUUGAAGGUUUUGAUUUCAUGAAAUAUUGUUUCUUUAAACAUUUCAAUGAGCUUCCAAUGUUAAUGGACACAAUCAACCUUGAAUGAAUACUGGUUUAUAUUACGUUGAAAUCAUAUUUACGCUGCUAUGUACACAAAUAAGUUACUCGGUUCCAGUAAUCAUUUCAUUUCACAUCAUUUCACAUCGUUUCACCUUCAAUAAGAUAAUCAAGUUUACAAGAAAUUUUUUACUUUGGUUAACAAUGAUAAUCAACUGGAUUGAACAUCGUUUUUUUAAAUCAUUUUUUCCGAUAUCUCUUAAUACAUUUGUAUUAACAGUAAUCCUAUCGCUACCUUAAUCUGAUUACCCCCUAAAUAAUUCUCGAUUCCCUUCGAGACAAAAACAUUGAUGAUAAAACAUCAGUUGAUCUUUUUUCUGAGUCCACUUUCUUUGUACCUGUAUAUUGUGUUCAUUUAUAUAUAUUUACAUGAAGACAUAACGUCUGAAAUCUUCAUAAUUAAUAAUCAAUCGAAAGUAAACAAUUCAAAAUGAGUGAA